AUGCAGUCCAACCAUUCGCGCGCGUCUGCUAACAACGCGGCCCUCAGCAGGUCUGGCCACCCGUCUUCAACGUCCUCAUCGGGCUCGAGCACGCCCCCAUUGAAGACAGGCAAGACAACGACAGCAUACGCAUCAGAGUCCACGCUCAUCGGCGGCGUCAAGGGCGGUGCUCCUCUUGCGCGCAGACAAUCAGCAAGCUUCAACCACGUCCGGACGUCCUCUCUGGUGUCGUCAUCUCCUUUCAAAACAGGUGGAAAUACCACUUCAAGCACUCCUGCCGUCAAGCCACGCCCGCAGAUUAACCCAUCGCAGUUUCAACAUGGAGAAGCCCACCGGCAUUCGUCAAGUGGCGAGCAGCCCACGAGCUAUCUAUCCCAGUCCAGAAGUAGAUCGGACGAAAACAAGCUAUUUGACAACAUUCGCAAACCCCGAGAGAGCAAGGGCUUCCAGAGGCUGCCCCAAGCUGAAGCAGUCACCAAGAGCCCAUUCGUCGAAGCAAACGGCUUGCCUCCGGGAUCGAAGCAUACUAUUACACGUUCAGCUGAAUAUCCAAGCCACGCAGCCGAUGCCGUGUCCUCGCAUAGAGUGUCGAAAUCGGCAACGCUCCCUGCGCUCAGCGGGACGAGCACCGCGUCGACAGAGGGUGCCGCGGGACACCCCCUUCUCGCGCCAAAUCACGUUCUCUCUGCUCGACCUCUUCCUGGAACACCCCAACGACCAACUCGACCCGUGUCCAUGUUCGUUCAAGGAUCAGUCCCAGUGUCGACAUCACCUACGACGCGCUCUAGUCUAGCAUCCAGGCGAUUGUUAGGCCCCCGAUCCCCCGAAGAAGGAAUCGGUAGUCGCAGUUUUUCAGACUCUCCUACGCGGUACGAGAGGAGAAAGACGGUCACCUGGGAUGAACGUUGUGACGUCGUCGAGUUUGAACAAGAUGACGAAGAGAGUGUCCCUCCAGAGUCGGUCAGCGACUCGCAAGAAGUUAGAGACUCGGAGACGGAGAGCGAGGUUGAAGAGGUGCCGCCGGCCGUUCCUCCGAAGCAGGAAGAACGAGAAUGGUUUGGUCCUGACAGAGAGGACGGUCGCUCCCCAUCUCCUAUCCUUAGCGGGUCGAUCAAUGAUGCCGCAGACGAUAUGGAGUCGGACAGAAUUUCUGCUGAUCCGAUCUCCGAUGACGAUAUGCCAACUCCUCAAAGGGAAACCUUUGAUCUUCCGGUUGAAGAUCCUCACAAUCACCAUAUGGAUAUUGGUUCAAUCUCUACGGCGACUAUUCCUCGACGCUCCGGAUCCGAGUCCUUCCUCGAAGGAACCAGUGCGUUUAGAGACGAUUCCAUGUCUACGCAAGAGGAUUCUUUCCAUCGCAGCCUCCGUGAGGAACCAGUCGUGGAGACAUCCAGACUAGCAGAGUCACGCUCUCCAGAGAAGUUUCCUCGCAUCUCCCGAGAUGCGAUCCGCAAACAAGUUGAACAGCAGCGCCUCAGCGCGAAUUUCGACGAUGAGCAUUCCCAGUCCAGGCUAAGCAUCGGCGACGAACGUCGGUUGUCUCAAGGCGGCUCUGGAUACAACUCGCCUAUGAGAAAGUUUGAUCAUUCGCCAGUGCCGUCUCCUGGACCUCGACCGCGCGCUGAACAGGUCUUCACGUCAUCCAAUGUCAACUUGGAGGACGUCCAAAGUGCUCUGGAUCGUCUAAUGCUCGGUGUCGAGAAAGGGUUCGAGCCUUCCAUACACUCAAACAUCACGGAGCAAGACUACGACGAAACAUCGAGUAAUGGUGAUGACUACGCUCCCAGGUCUUAUGGACAACCCCCGGAGGAAGAGCAUGACGAUACUCCUAGAGAAGAUGAAUAUCUGGAGCCCUCAGAAGGUGCCCAACUUCAUCGUCAAUCCACUGCGAUGUCUGGUACUAGCACAGAGUCUACAGAUGGACCAUAUACACCCGAUAUUCAUGGAAUGGCCCAACCCGAACUACCUUCUGACGCGAAAGACAUCGACUCGAUGUACGAAGACUCGAAGCCGCUCCCACCACCUCCCGAGAUGGAACCAUCCCCAGUCAUGCACCAUACGCAUCUGCAAGAUGAAACGUCGAGUGCUGAGGGACAUCAAAUGACUCUGGCUGUUCCAGCUGGCGCGUCAGUCCGUCGUGGUAGUACCAUCAAGCGGCACGAAGAAGCAAUCAAAGCCAAGAGAAGGGAGCAGCGCGCUCUGGAGGGGCGUCCUAGUAAACGUCGUAGCCACUCGACCGGAGAUCUCAAGACACAGUUCUCUCCUGGGUCAGAGACUCUGGAGAUUGAUAACCGGGACGACAUUGAUCUCACAGACGCGUUCCAGCAUGAGGUUGCCAAGCUCGAGCCUGUCAAGAAAUCCUACAUGAUGAAGCAACGUCGUCCCACUAUCUAUGCAUCCGACAGUCGUGUCGGUCAUUCCGGAAUGGCUGGAGAUGUCCAUAAAGGUCGCGCUUGGCGUGCUGUUCGUCGGCCGUCUGAUAUGACAACUGCGACAACAGGAGAAGGUGCCACUCCUCCAGGCAAAGUCUUCGUACGGGUCCUCGGGAUCCGUGCCUUGGAAGUCCCAUUACCAGCUCAACCUACAUACUUCACCUGCGUCUUGAACAAUGGCAUUCACUUUGUGGAGACACCAGCCAGCAAGUUGGAAAAGGACGAGAGUAUCAUCGAUCAGGAGUUUGAGCUGAUUGAGCACGAAAAGCUCGAAUUCACUCUGACCAUCAAAGUGCGAAAGGACGCCCAUAUCGCGCAGAUUCUCAAUCCGCCUGCACGACCCGCGUACCUUCCUCCAGCUGUGCGUGUUGAGACGCCAACUAAAUCGAAGGGCGUCAGAAGUUUCUUCUCAAGUCCCUCCAAGAAGCCGAGCAAGCAAGCCGCUAUUCGCGAGGUGGAGGCGACCCCGCCGCCAGUGCAUACGGCGGAUCCGUUUGGACGCUAUUUGAAGAAGGAUCUUUCUAUUGCACGUGCUCUCGUUUCCUUCAGGGAAAUUAUGGAUCGCUGUGAUACAAAGCUUUUCGAAACGAGCUAUCCCCUCGUCGGCCAGUGUGCUGAAGGUGGACAGCUUGCUACGAAGACGAUCGGCGAAAUCGUCCUUCAAAUCUUCCGUCUUCCUCCCCUGCCCGGGAUUCCAGCGGACGACCUCCCGCAAUCUCUCGAGGAAUGCCAGCGCGGCUUGAGGCACGUCCAAUGGCACAAGGUUGUCUAUCACGAAGGUGUCUUGACUCAACUGGGUGGUGAUUGCACGACUUGGAGACGUCGUAAUCUCCAGGUGAUGGGCGCCAACUUGAUCGCAUUCAAUGAUGUGACCAAACGACCUAUUACGACCAUGGACCUACGAAAGAUUACGCUUGUCGAGGACGAUGGUCGGCCCGGUGUACCUGCGACUGUCAUCACGCCGCCAGCAGAUGCCGUAGAAGGUGGCCUGAAUCCACCCAAACUGAGAAGGCAACGAUCUUUCAAUUCUCUGGCGGGAAUUGAGCACUCCUUCCGCGUCAUCUUUGACGGCAACGAGAACGACGAAGUAUGCUUCUUCGCAGAUAAUGCAGAAGAGAAAGCCAGAUGGAUGGAAAUCUUCGGUGCCCUCGUCGGACGGAUACCCCACAAUCCGCUCUGGGCCGAACUCGUUUGGCAACGCCAACAAACAGUCUAG